CUCGUCGACUCUUUAGCCAUCCUCGACGCUUCCAGAUCCAUCUGACUCCGGAGAUUUUACCCUCCAAAUGACACCGGCUUAAAGCCUUACGUCUCGAUUUGUCCACCCUCGCCCCCCGCGCCCGUCGGCGAGAGACGAACAUCAUCACGAUUAUUUCCCUAUCCACCGCGCAAUACUCUCCAUAACAAGACUCGAUCGGCCUCCUGUCACUGUAAGGUCAAUGCUUUAAGCGGAAUCAGAGUCAUUCUGCCGUUCGGGCUCAUUUCAGACAGCCCAUUCCCAGGUUCUCUCGUCUGAGCCCUCCCGGCUGCGAAACAGAUUGCACUCCCCAGUGUGCAAUGUCGACACCAUCGACCCUGCCUCCGCAUCAUCCAAAUCACGGAUACUCUCAUCAUCAGAACUAUCAAUCGCCCGCCGCCUAUCGAACGAGCAACUCCCUCUUGAACGGCGCGAGCCGCUUGGGAGCCUCAUACAACCUCCCGACUCCUUCGAGUAACGGCACAUCAUCGACCGCUACUUGUGUGGCCGAUCUGCCGCCGCGACCAGCUCAAAGUACGACACAUUCUUCAAGGUCCGAAUCGAACCUAGUAGCCAUGCCUGCCUCUUCAGCCGUCUCCAAGCCCCCCGCGCGGAGAAGCCAGCGCCCCAAGGAACAUCGAGAACCAGAUUGGCCCUCAUUCUACAAGAACGGACUUCCCAAAGAGGUCAUCGUCAUCGAUGACUCUCCAACCCCCGAGUUAUCAGCGUCCGUGGUCUCAAAUGGCCCGGCAAACUACACAGGGGUGGGGGGAAACAGUCGACACGCGGUGAAGAAACGAAAGCGUGACGACGUGGGGUCCGCAUAUGAUCCUGUGUACCAGCUCGGGCCAGAUUCCAACGAACAGACCCCGCAGUAUAAAGACUCGGUUUCUGGCUCAACCAUUUCGACUGAUCGAACCACAUCGGCGAUACACACCACCGCUGCCACGUCGUUAGGCUCACAUUCCUCGAACGGACAAAACGGGUAUGAGACUGAAGACAUCCAGCCGGGUCAGAAACGAAAGAGAACUGCCACUCGGCUUCAAAUUGCCAACGAGGCGAAGAGGAAGGAGCUUGAAGUCAACGGCGAUGCAUUCUCAAACUAUAAGCCCCCCCCAAAACCGCCAAUCAAGGCACCAGAGGUCCAUGUCAAGCAGAUUCCUGAUAAUUCAUACACAAAAAACAGCAAGGUUGAUGAUGAGGAUGGACACUACAUUGUGGUCCCGGAUUCUGAUUUGACAGACAGAUAUCAGGUAACGAAACUGCUUGGGCAAGGAACCUUCGGAAAGGUCGUGCAAGCCCGAGAUAAAAAGAGGAAUAAACUUGUCGCCAUCAAGAUUAUCAGAUCCGUCCAGAAGUAUCGAGAUGCUUCACGAAUAGAGUUGCGAGUUCUUGCGACCCUCAAAGCGAAUGACCAAGAGAACCGAAAUCGAUGCAUACACCUUCGGGAUUGCUUUGAUUAUCGAGGUCAUAUCUGUAUCGUUAUGGACUUGCUCGGACAGAGCGUUUUUGAUUUCUUGAAGGCCAACUCAUUUGUUCCGUUUCCGAACAGCCAAAUCCAGAGCUUUGCCCGGCAGCUCUUCACCAGUGUUGCUUUCUUACACGAUCUUAACUUGAUUCACACCGAUCUGAAGCCGGAAAAUAUCCUUUUAUGUGACAGUUCUUACCAAGCAUUUACAUACAGCCGCAGAAUCCCUUCCUCAUCCUCCACCGUCAAUCGACAAGCCGCCCAACGCAAAGUAUUACUUGACACCGAAAUACGAUUAAUCGACUUUGGCUCGGCAACAUUUCAGGACGAAUACCAUUCCUCCGUUGUUUCUACCCGGCAUUACCGGGCUCCCGAAAUCAUUCUCGGCCUUGGAUGGUCAUUCCCUUGUGAUAUCUGGAGCAUUGGGUGCAUUCUGGUCGAGUUCUUUACGGGCGACGCUCUAUUCCAGACCCAUGAUAACCUGGAGCAUCUUGCCAUGAUGGAAAGUGUUUGUGGGGGAAGAAUGGACACCCAUCUUAUCCAACAGGUCAAUGCUAUGGCUAAGCGACAUGGCGGAAAUUCAGCAGUCAAGUUCUUCAAACGAUUCAAGCUGGAUUACCCGCAACCGGAGACGAGCAGGGCCUCGCGGAGAUUUGUAAAAGCGAUGAAGAGGCUAGAUGAAAUCAUUCCCGACAACAAUAAGUUUUGCAGAAACUUCCUCGAUCUCCUGAAGAAGAUCUUCGUCUAUGAUCCGGCUGAACGUAUCACUGCAAAACAAGCACUACAGCAUCCGUGGUUCAAAGAAGCCGCAACUCCAGAUGAUGGUACUGAGGCUACGAAGAUUAAAUUGCAAAGGCAGCUCCAAGCUGAAGAAGCGGCCGCGGCUGCAGCCGCAUCUGGAGCUGGUCCGGCAAGGCAUAAUGGGUAUCGUCACUGAAGGCGAGGGUUUCAUGAAAAAUGACGGCGUACGGGGACUGGAGCAAUGCAUUCUUAUCAUUGGAUCACUGAAGUGUUGGUUCAAUGCAUAUGGGCGUGAUACUGUAAUGUGAUUAUUCUAAGAUGUCUUGGUGGUGAUAUGCUUUUAGGCAUGCUUCCGGACAGUAAUGAUUGGGAAAAUAGAUACAGGAUCUUCCAAAUCCACGGUCUGACAUGGUUGAGCGAUAUACAGAAUCAC